CUCAUUUGUGUUUAUCUUCAUUUCAACACACACUCACACACACGCACACAAACUUUCGUCUCUCUCUCUUGCAAUGGAGUUUGGAAGUGUUGUUCAGUUUCUUGAGGACAAGACCAUUUUGAUCACGGGUGCAACCGGGUUUCUAGCAAAGAUUCUUUUGGAGAAGAUAUUAAGAGUGCAACCAAACGUGAAGAAGAUUUACCUUCUUUUAAGAGCUGCUGACGCCAAAUCUGCUUCGCAACGCUUGCAAAAUGAGAUUCUAGGAAAGGACUUGUUUACACUCCUAAAAGAAAAAUGGGGUGCUGAUCUAAAUUCCUUCAUCUCCAAAAAGAUUGUACUGGUGCCUGGUGACAUCUCUUACGAUGAUGACUUGGGAGUGAAAGACUCGAAUUUGAGGGAGGAGAUUUGGAGUCAAUUGGAUGUUGUUGUUAACUUAGCUGCAACAACCAAUUUUGAUGAAAGAUACGAUGUUGCACUUGGCAUCAACACAAUGGGAGCUAUGCACGUCUUAUGUUUUGCCAAGAAAUGUGUUAAACUAACGGUUCUUGUCCAUGUAUCAACUGCUUAUGUUUCCGGGGAGAGGGCAGGGCUGAUACCUGAGACUUCAUACGGCUGGGGUGACACACUUAACGGUGUCUCGGGAUUAGACAUCAAUGAAGAGAAGAAACUAGUUGAUCAGAAAUUGAAUGAGCUCCAAGCUGAAGGAGCCACCGCUGAAGCAAUUAAAGAGGCCAUGAAAGACAUGGGCAUCGAAAGGGCAAAGGUGUAUGGAUGGCCAAACACUUAUGUAUUUACAAAGGCAAUGGGAGAGAUGCUUGUGGGAGACCUGAAGGAAAAUUUGUCUGUAGUCAUCAUACGCCCCACCAUUGUCACCAGUACUUUGAAAGAACCUUUCCCUGGUUGGAUUGAAGGUAUCAGAACUAUUGAUAGCCUAGCUGUUGGUUAUGGGAAAGGUAGGCUAACAUGCUUUCUUGGGGAUAUUACAGGAAUAGUUGAUGUGAUACCAGCAGACAUGGUGGUGAAUGCCAUAGUUGUAGCCAUGGUAGCUCAUGCUAAUCGACGGUUCGACGAUGCAAUUUAUCAAGUGGGGUCCUCUGUCAGAAAUCCCGUGAGAUACACUAAUCUUCAAGAUUUUGCCUUUGAUUAUUUCACCAAGAAACCUUGGAUUGGCAAGGAUGGAAAGCCUGUCAAGGUUGGUAGGGUUAAAAUGUUAAGCAGCAUGGCUAACUUCCAUAGAUACAUGGCAAUUCGUUACUUGCUAUUGCUAAAGGGAUUGGAAUUAGCAAAUAUCGCAUUUUGCCAUUAUUUCGAGAACAUGUACACUGAUCUCAAUAAAAAGAUCAAAUUCGUGAUGAAAUUAGUGGAACUUUACAGGCCAUACUUGUUCUUCAGGGGAGUCUUUGAUGACAUGAACACAGAGAAGUUGCGAAUGGCAGCAGGAGAGAACAACAUAGAGACCGAUAUGUUCUACUUUGAUCCCAAGGAAAUUGAUUGGGAAGACUACUUAACUAAUAUCCACAUUCCAGGGGUGGUAAAGUACGUGUUCAGAUGAUGAUUACCGGCAGCUAGCUAGAUUAUUUGUUCUUGGAAUUUCAAAUAUCACUGUGUUUUGAAGCAAUAUUAUUAUUAUUAUUAUUAUUAUUAUUAUUAUUAUUAUCAUCAUCAAGGCAGGAUUAUGUUUAGCUGCUGGCUCACGUGGUUUAAGAACUUUCUUCAAGUGUAUUAUUCAAUGCAAUGCCACCUAAUUUAUUGAAUCCUCACAAAGAGUGUAGGAUAUAUUGGCAGGAGAAAUUUGUGCAAGGUACCUAGCUCGUGUACAAGAAUGAAUAAAUAUUAUGAUCUAUUUAUUAUUA